AUGCAGUCUGCGCCAGAUGCAACUGAGGCCUCGAUCCAAAAUGAUCGGCCAGGCACCCCACCCCGCCCACCUUAUUCCCCGGUGACCCCAGUGUUCGCGCAUCUCGACUUAGUCGCCUCUACCAACGCCACGAUAGUUCCUCCCCCUUUAUCACCUUCACCCACAUCGCAUGAUCUCCCAGAACCUCUCCUGGGUUACCGACCACCCCCGCCCCCAGCAGCCCCGCCUGUCUUCAAACCAGAACCCCCACCAGUGCCUAUCUCUGAGAGCGAGAAUCCAGAUGCUAUCGCCCUACGGUCUGCGAUAUCUAUCCUGCAAAUGCAGAAGCAGCAGACUCUGCGCGAUAUUCGCAGUUUAGACCGUUUGAAAGAGGCCGCAGCGGCGGAUCCGGAGGGCUUUGCGCACGAUCUGGCAGCUGGGCGUUUGCGCACCGAGGAUCGCGGGACGGUGAUCCAGUUCUCGGAAGACGAUGUCAUGGACACGGAAGAAGACCAGAUGGAAGGCGAUAAGAAAUCAAAAACGGACGGCGCAUCCACAUCAAAGUUUGGCCGUAUACCAACGCCACAGAAUGUGGUGCGAAUGCCGCCGAUAAAUUGGGCCAAGUACCAAAUCAUGGGCGACUCGCUGGAUCGCAUGCAUGAGGAGCAGCUGCGAAGACCUACGCUCGGCGAACCCAGGAGAGAACCGGCUCCGGAAUACCUGUUGGCUUCGCCUUAUCGUCCGCUUGUUGAUCAGUUGGACACACCCGCACGGCUGGCCCGGCCAAGCAAGACCAAAAAGCCAUGA